GCAAACCGCACAGUUCGGUGUUCGGGAAAAGUGUAAAAUAUAUUUCUAACACGCCAAAACUUUUUAAAACUCAAACAUUUUAUAUUUACCCGCAAAGUUUUGAACAGACCUUGGCAAAUACCGAUAUCGAUUUCGUUGCUCCAUAAUUUUGGAUUAAAAAAUCAAACUGUCAACUGUCAGAAAGCGCGCCAACGCAGAUUAAAUAAUUUUCAAUUUAAAUACAGAUUAAAAAUCAAAUUUUCGCCGUCAGAAUGAUGAAGAAAGUGAUCGUAAUUUUGACGUUAUUAGUGUGUUGUUAUUGUUUGGAAAGCAAUGAGCAAUUACCGGAGGAAGCGAGGGCGAAGAAAAAGAAAGGAACCUUAAGACUUUUGGCUAUCGCAGCGCUAGUAGUCCUAUCAAAGCUGGCAGUAAUAAAAGUGGCAUCAUUCUUCUUCCUGGUGGCUUUCUUCCAAAAACUCUUCUAUUUGGGGGGAGUACUCCUCAAUUACUACAUGAAGAACCAGUCCGGUCCUUCAGGGUCCUCAAUGAUGUACGGUCCUCCUCAGGAGUAUAAUACUGUUGGGUACAGUUAUGAGCCUGCUGAACCGGAGCCGUUCCAACCUCAGGAGUCACUGCCAUUGCCCAGUAUUGCUGAUGUCAGCAACGGGUUUAACUGGUUGUUCAGCAAAAAUCAGCCUUAAUGUUUUGGUGUUGUGACUGUUUUUUAACUGAAUUAUGUAAGCAAUAGUGCCAUAGCAUGUGAACAAUUAUUAGAUACUGUAAAAUAUCCUUUUUUACACGAAUGGCAAUAGAAGACUGCUAAUUUACGCAGUGUACAGUCCCUGGUCACAUUAUUAGACGCGCCCAUAUUUAUUUACUAGGUAUUUAUGUAAAUGUUUAGAGGUUCCUAUUGGGCGUAGCGUGAUGUUUUAUAUCUCAUAACCUUCCUUGACAAAUUGAUUAUUCUCGAAAAUAUUAUUUUCAAUUGAAAUAAGUAUUUCGGAGAUAAUCAUCCAAUGACUUCUCCCUCCUUGGGCGAGGCGAGAUGUGUCAGACUCUGACUAAAAACCACCCCGUUCCUUCUCCUGCUUUUAGAGCUAGAGGCCCGGUUAAACAGCUAGGUAGUCCGAAGCUCAGAAAAAAAAACAAGAGUGCGUCUAAUAAUGUGACCAGGGACUGUAAUGUAUUAGUGUGUGUUUCUCUCUCGCAUUUUUAUUUAUUAAAUAAAAAAAAAUAUUCAUCCCAUUAUCAUCAUAUUUACCUCCUACAUUUUAUUUCAAGUUAGGUAUCAUACAUCA